AUGAACUUGCUCCCCCUCCUCGUCCUGCUGGCCAUGUGCUGGCCUGUGCACAGCACAUGGGACAGCUGUGGAGGCACCUGCGGGCUCCGGCCCAUGGCUUCUCACUACGGUGGAUCACGCGUUGUGGGUGGCACAGAUGCCCAGCAAGGGGCCUGGCCCUGGAUCGUCAGCAUCCAGAACCCCUGGAAAGUAGGCACAGGGCAUAUAUGUGGAGGGUCCCUCAUCAGCCCACAGUGGGUCCUCACAGCAGCCCACUGCUUCAUUGAGGCCAGGCACAUCACAAUGUGGCGCGUGGUGAUUGGGGCCACCCAGUUGACUCAGCUGGGCCCUGAGGCCCAAGUGCGCACUAUUAAGCGGCUACUGGUUCACGAACACUACCGAAAUAUCUCAGAGGAGAAUGACAUUGCCUUGCUGGAAUUGGACCAGCCUGUCCAGUGCAACUACUACAUACAGCUUGCCUGCGUGCCCGACGCCUCGCUGAGAGUGUCAGAGCUGACAACCUGCUACGUCAGUGGUUGGGGUUCCACAGCUGCAAGAUCUGUAAAAUCGACUGAUGUCCUGCAGGAGGCCAGGGUCUACCUCAUUGAUGUCAACCUCUGUAACAGCAGCCAGUGGUAUGGAGGGGCCAUCCAUACCCACAACGUGUGUGCUGGCUAUCCGCAGGGUGGCAUCGACACCUGCCAGGGUGACAGUGGUGGUCCUCUCGUGUGCAAAGAUAACAGUGCUGACUACUUCUGGCUUGUUGGAGUGACCAGCUGGGGGAAAGGCUGUGCAAGAGCAAAACAGCCCGGAGUCUACACCUCCACACAGCACUUUUACGACUGGAUCUUGGUACAGAUGGGACUGCGCCCAGCAGUAACGGCUGCUCCAGUGCCGCAGCCAGCCUUCACCUCAACCCCCUUUCAAAGGCCAAGGCCAACACAAUCGGGCAGGUUUACACCCUGCCCAUUCCCACGCCAGAAGCUGGUGAAGUUUUUUGAUCUGCUGCAGGAUCUCCUGCAGGUCCUAAGGGGAAGAAGAGCUUGA